CUCUCGUAUUUAUCCUCUAUAUAUACACACCAGCCCAACGUCUCAAGAGAAGAGCAGCUAGAGCCUAUAGAUAGACCCAAGGUAGAGUAUCAACCAGAAAUAGCUGAUUAAUUAGCGCUCGUACGUUUAUCAAUCAAAACAACAAGCUGAAAUUGAAUUGAGACAACUGCAACCAAAUGGGUAACAGUUUUGUUGGAGGAAGAAAGACAGCCAAGGUGAUGAAGGUAGAUGGCGAAACAUUCAAGUUGAAGACUCCGGUGCGAGUCGGGCAGGUAGUUAAGGACUACCCGGGUUUCGUUUUAAUGGAGUCUGAGGCAGUUAAACAUUUUGGCGUCAGGGCCAAGCCAUUAGAACCGCAAAUGGAGCUGAAGCCCAAGAAGCUCUAUUUCUUAAUAGAACUGCCAAAGCUUCCCGACCAAAAGUUGCCGAGGAGGGUGCGCUCCGGCAUACAGAUGAGCGCAAAGGACAGGCUGGAGAGUCUAAUGUUGGCUCGAAGGUCUGUGUCGGACCUUUCCAUCCUGAAGUCGUCUAGCGCCGUCUACGACGAACCCGGGCUCGAAUCGACGGCCGGGGCCGUGCGGAUAAAGCUGAGGCUACCCAAGUCACAGGUGGCCAAGUUGGUUCAAGACAGCAACGAUGUUAGCGAUGCAGCAGCAAAGAUCAUGGAUCUCUGUAUAUCGAAGAACAACGGCAACGCCGAUGGGUUUGGACCAAACAGCAAUGAGGUUUCGUUGUUGAACCAAGAAACACAUUGGAAGCCUGGUCUCGGUAGCAUCACCGAGACUUGCAAGCCGCGUGUGAAACGAGUGGGUUUCCGACCAAUUAUAGAAGGAGAGUAUAUUUAGCUUGGAAACUUUGAAGAACAAUACUAAUGAACCUGCAAUUGCAAUCUUCUCUCUCUCUCUCUGCCUCUGUAGCGGUUUAUGUGUAAAGUUGACUGUAAAAGCGUGAAGAGCUUUUGGUUUCUUUUGCAAGAAAGCUCAAAGAAUUGAAGAGUAGAA